AUGGCACAUGAAGCCACCAGAUGGAUUCCAUUUACAAAGGCGGGGCAAUACCGCGGCUGGUCCGAGUCUCCGCCCAUCGGAGCCGACCAAGGCCGGGCCUGGUCGCAGUCGCCGCCCUCCUGCAAGGACCCGUCCAAGCGCUGGUCCGAGUCGCCUGUGCUGGUGCCCCUCCCACAGCACCACCGGCGAGCUGCGCCACCAACCCUACUGCCGGCGCCGGAGCCCAAGCGACCCUCGCCUGCGCCAGGGAAGCCGCAGGCGAACCGUCAACGCGCCCAGUCUCCGGCGUCCAGCCCUGGCAGCUCGCCGGAGCGGUUGCGCAAAAAGUCGCCCCCUUCGCAACCGGUGUCCACCUCUUCCACCGUCUCCAAGAGGCACCUGCACUCUUCCCCCCCGCGCAGUGCAGUUGCCCUGCCCCUGUGGUUCGGUGAUGCCGAAGGCUCUCGCAUCUCCUGGUGGCGCGACCACGUAGCCCCGAGUCGCCUGCAGCAAGUCCGGCGGCGCAGCGGAAUCGGCGGGGGCAGUGGCGUUAGCGGGAUCGUCUCUCCGCGGCAGCGCAAGCAGCCGCCGGCUCCGCAGCCCCAGCAUCUGGAGCAGCGCGCCGCCUCGCCGGCCCCCGCCAUCACCGUGACCGCUCCCGAGGGCGCGCGCCGGGCUUCCCGCUCGCCUGCGCGCAAACCUGCCAACGACCCGUCACCCCCCUCCAGGGCGAGGCGCACAGCGCCGCUGCACGGCCGCCGCUCGGAGAGCCCCCAGGUUCGGCGCCGUCGCCCCCCCUCACCGGUGCCGCCACCGCCGCCACCGCCGACGUCCUGGGACCGCCCCAAGAGGGACGCGUCCAAGCGGCGAGAGCCGGACAAGUCUCCGGACAGAGUCGACGACGCGCGCGCGAGGACGGACAAACGCGAGGGCAAAGACUGCGGCGAGGCAGAGCGUGCCGCCGCUCGAGAUCGCGAGCGCAGGGAAGAGCGCGACGCCGCCCGGCAGCUGCCGCCGCCGCCACCCGAAAAAGCGCCGGAAAAGGAGAAGGCCCGGUCGGAGCGGGAUGGCAAGGUCGAGGGCCGCUCCGACGGCUGGAGGGACGGCAGGGGGGCCGCAAGGGAAGGCCGGGAGCCGCGCCGGAGGGACGAGGCUUCGGCAGGAACGACCGGCGCCGCGGCCGCUGACGACAGGGCGUUUGGGCGCACGGGGCGCAAGCGGGAGGAGGGGAUGCGCAAGGAGGAUCGGAGCGGCGAGCGGGGCGGGCGCAGCAACGAGCGUGCGCAGGACAGAGGCCGUGGCGGCGGCGGCGGUGUUGGCAGCACCAGGGUUGGGCUUGCCACGUGGGACAGCAGAGCAGCGGCGGCGGCACCCGACAAGGCUGCACGGGAAAACCGCGAUUCCAGCCGCGACGCCUCGUUCGACAGACGUGAAGAGCGCCGGGAAAACCGCGAGCGAGGUGCUCACGUGGCAUGGGACGGCGCCGCGGCCCCCGGGAGCCGCCCGGCGUCCCCACCGGCGCGACCCUCCCAGCGCGGAGGCGCCUCGAGGGAUCUGCCGUCUCUGCCCCCGGCCGGCGAUCGUGACGCGGCGCGGCGGGAGGUGGAAAGGAGAGAGCGCGACCGCACCGACGGCGGCGGUGCCGGCGACCACAGGGACCGCGACAAGGAGAGGGAGCGUUCCGGCGCCGAGCACCGAGAGCACCGCGACAGGGAGCGCGCCGACGGGGAGCGGAGGGAACGCGAGAGAGCCGACGCCGAGCACCGCGAGCGCGAGCGCUCGGACGCCGAACACCGCGAGCGCGAGAGGGAGCGCGAGCGCUCGGCCGCCGAGCUGCGGGAGCGCGAGCGGGCGCGCCCCGCGGACGCGGAGAAGAAGGCCGAGCGAGCGAGGGAGCACAGGGAGCAACGCGAGAGAGAGCGAGCCGAAGGGCCGGACGCCGGCGAGAGGGAGCGAGGCAAGGAGAGGGGGGGCGGCGGCGGCGUGCGGGGGCGCGGCGGGCGCGGCCGCAGGAGGGAGGAGCGAGAGCGGCGGAGGGAGGAGCCGAAGGAGGAACGGCGCGAGGACGGAGACAAGAAGAGGAAGCGGACGCGAGACGUCAGCAGCCCGACUUCCCCGCGGCCUUCUGCAAAGAGACUGCGACUCAAGUCACCCGAGAGCGCCGACUCCUCCAACAGCGGCGAUGACCGAAGGCAGCGCCGGGGCAGGGAGACCCGCCUGUCCAGCCAGGUGGUGCUGCCAGCGGAGUCGACGCUCGCCGGCGGUAGUCCGGCGCGCCGGGCCGAGCAGACGCCAGAGCGGCGGCGCGAGGCCGACCGGGCCCACGGCGUGACGCCCGACCGUAACACCAGCCUCAUCCAGGAGCGCCUCAAGUCGGUGGCGGCGGGCGAGGCGCUGCCCACGCGCGAGAUCGACGUGCGCGAGCAGUUCGUCGACCGCCCGCGCAUGCCCCAGUUCCGCAAGCGCAAGCCGAGCCGGCCGCAGCGCCGCAAGCACAGCAAGUCGGGCUUCGGCGACAGGGCCGCGGGGUCGCGCGGCGGGAGCAGCACCGGGGAGCGCGAGGCGCCGCACACGCCGCCUCGGCCGUCGGAGCGGUCGGACGAAUCCGCCCCGGAGAGCGGGCGGAGGAAGAGGGCGCGCGAGGAGGCGGAGUCUUCCGACGACGAUUCGGUGACGCACGUCAAGAAACGCAAGGGGCCCAGCACCCCGCCCGUGCCCGCGCCCACCCCGCCCUCUUCCUCGCAAACCGAAGUGUCGCGGGACGACGUCGUCGUCGCGAAGAAGGAGCCGCCCGCGGAGCGACCCGAGAGUCCCAAGGAGGUGGACGAGAAGCCGGCGAGCAUCACGGCCGGCGAGGUGUUCAGCGAUUGGUCGGACGAGGAGGUGCCGUGCCGCCCCGAGGGCGAGCCGAGGGGAGACGACGAGGCGAGGAAGGGCGAGCGCGGCGGAGAGGCCCGCGGCGUCGGACUCCGCGACGAGAGGCCGCGGCCGCUCGGCGGAGAAGGCCUUCGAGAAGGGGCCUGAGUUUG